UAGUCAUGUUUCUUCCCAUCUGCCUUUUCCCUGGCCUCUAAAACCACAAGCCUGGCUGUGGAAUUCGGGUCCACAGUGUGGGCUUUGAAUAGCUUUGUGUAGGGAGAGGUUCUGAAAAGAAAGGAAAGUGGUAUCUGCUCGUCAGAUGGAAUGUGUUAAGCCAUCGAGGAAGAAUGCAAGGGUUUUAGCUCUGAGGGUCCGUCAGCAGUUCGGGUGACGAGUCAUUCAGCGUGGGGACGGAUUCCUGAGAAAUGAAGCCUCAUGGUGACAUCAUUCUUGCAAGAUCGUCUGGGAUCUGUGGUAGCCGCCUGCAAGUUCUUACCUUGGGGAUUUUCAUCACACGGGUUUUUUCCCAACCACACUUAAUACCCAUCCUGCCUUCUAACUCAUCCACUUUUCUGCCAGCUAGAAUUUUCACGGGUCUGUCUCACUGUCAUGCCUGCUCCAGGGGCAUUCUUGGGACAGUGUGCUCCUCUCCGGAUCACUCAGCACCUGUCCUCCUGACAGUCCUCCCUUCAGUCAGCACGCCUUUCGGCGGGAGCCUCGUGGACCAUGCUGAAGAGCCAAAAUUGUAUCCUGAGGAAGAUGAGAAACAUUCAAAGGGCUUGGGCGUGGAGGUUAGACUCUCUGGCUGUUCAUCGGAGGUGGUGCUUCCUGAAACCUUAGCUUUCUUCGCACUCCCACUCUCCCCCACACCUGACGAGGGCAAUGCAAGGUCACCGUCUCUUCUCUGCUCCUGCCCCAAGCACACCGAGGAAGUUGGGACCCUGUACAGAGAGACAGCAUUAGACAUUCACCGUCUCCACUUUGUCAUCCUCGUCCUUCUUCAGAGCUACAGAAAACCUAAGCCUUCCCAUGGGGAAGUAGGAAAAGCCAAGCCGUGGCCAAAAGCCCGCUGUCUCCCAAAAUAGCUUCUCCACCUGCUCUGUUGCUGAAUUUCCACACAGAUGACCUUGGUACAACUCCUGACUGCCCUUUGUCACCUUUAUUCUUCCCUUGGGCCAGUGACUUAACCUCCUCUAAUCCUCGUUUCCUCAGCUUUAAAAUCAGGACCCUGUGGUGGUGUUGCCAACCUCUGGGGCACUUUGUGCCGAUUAGAAGAAGGUGCCCCUUUGGCCAAGCACACAGCGUGAUGAGCUGGGCAUGGCCUGCGGACCACAGUCCCCCGCCCCUCACCUGGGCCCCCUGGUGCAGUGCCACCUUGAAUCACCGUACACGGGGCCCCAACCACACCCACCUCUCCACCAGGCCUUGGGAAAUAUAGGCCAUCCCAGGCACAGCACCGAGCCAAGAGCCUCACUGUGCAGAACCUCAGACAAAAGAGUUAAUGUAGCCCACUUGGACUUGGACUAAUGUGUGGGCAUGCUCUGCCGGGAUGGUGCCAGCGGCCAUCUUUGGGCACUGGCUGCCAGCUCCAUGAGGUUUAUCAGUGGGCGCCCAUUUCUUGUCAAGAGAGCGGAGCCCUGAGAGACCGGAAGUGAGCUGGUAAGUGAGGGAGCAGACCCAUGGUCAUAGUCAAGGGCUCUGGGCGGGCAAGGGGCAGUGAGAGGGCGUAGGGAGUGGGAGAGUUGGACAGAGAAGUGGUCAGAAGGGAAGGAAAACAGAAAUGAGUAACAACCUCCCAAGGGCAACAUUGCCUCAGGCACUGGACCAGAGGUUGCCCAUCCCAACCCCACACCCCAGCUCUAGGGUGCUGCCCUCAGGAGCUCCCACCUCUCAGAUGCUCCCCUAGGGGCCCCCUCACUAGCUGCCCAUGACUGUCACGCUCCCUACCCCACCAGCCCCGCAGAGUACUGGGCCCCUCCACCUGUCCACCCCCCUGGAGGGCUCAGGUAGGCCAUAGGGCAUGUUUUGCUGUCCUUUCACUCCACUGCUAGUCCAUCUGCCUCCAUGGAUGCCGCAGACCAGAAUUUCUCCGAACCCAGGAGUGUGAAGGCCCCGUCCACCCUGUAAGAGUGGCUCUUCCUUAAGAGGAAAUCACUGUGCAAAGGCAGCGAAUAGUAGCCACCUGGGUAUUUUUAUGGAAGAAAGAUGAAUUAUGCCAUCACCCCUUCUGGCACAGAAAUAAUUUUCAGUAAAAGGUUAAAACCAUCACGUUGUAUCAAUGAGAACUGUUCCAUUAUUCCAAGAAUGAUUGAUUGGAAAGUACUUCCCUUACAGGAAAGUCAAAGUGAUACAAUGCAGCUUCCAC